AAGGACAGCAAGGACAGCAAAGGCAAGGGCGGCGGCGGUAAGGACGCAAAGAAGACCGACAAGAGCGGCGACAACAACACCGCCGCCGCCGCCAAGGGCGCGCAGACCAUCACGGUGCGGCACAUCCUGUGCGGCAAGCACUCGCGUAAGGAAGAGGCUCUGGCCAAGAUCAACGCCGGCGAGAGCUUUGCCGACGUGGCCCGGGAGUACUCGGAAGACAAGGCUCGCCAAGGUGGUCUGCUCGGCAAAAAGACCAAGGGGUCCCUCGAGGCCCCCUUCGAGGAGGUCGCAUUCAAGCUCCCCAUCGGCCAGGUCGGCGAGGCCAAGACGGUACACGGCUACCAUUUGAUAGUUGUCGAG